AUGGAAACAGAUUUGAAAGAGCUUUUGGGCACUUCAUCCUCAACUGGACGAAAUGGGACCAUGGCAACGUUACGUAAUGAAGAUUUUCGCCAACUUUUGACGAAGAAGGUAGCUCAAACAAACACAAAUGCAAAUGGAGGGCCACAGACACAAACUACUCAUUCAUUCAGCCAUCGACAAGCUGUUGAUUCGAAAAGAAGCCACAAUACAGGUACCAAGGCCAAGAAACAAAGGGAACGGAGUAGUAUUGAUGACGAAGACGAUAUUUUUGGACCAUCAAAUUUAAAUGAGAUUUUAAAAAAUUAUCGUGACCGAGCGGAAGAAAGACGAAAGGGAGUUGGAAAAGAUGAUACUAUUGAUGAUUUACAUGCAAAUAAUGCAUACCGAGCAGUACCUGGUGAUGUAAGGGCAACAGUUGAUGCAGCACAACGUAGGAAACAGGCAAUUCAGGAAAGUAAAUAUCUUGGUGGUGAUAUGGAGCAUACUCAUUUAGUGAAAGGUUUGGACUAUUCAUUGCUGCAUAAAGUUCGUUCAGAAAUAGCUAUGAGAGAACAGAAAAGUGAUGAAGUAUUGGAAUCACAAUAUAAUAAAGACAGUCAGAAAGGCGAGCCACAAUCAGAUAAUCGAAUGGUUCGAAACAUUCAUCGAGCAUUGUUUCAGAAUGAACUUCCUGCGUGUAAUGAAUUAUUCAGGAAGGGUCGUAUGGCUUACGUCAUUGAUCUGGAGGAGGAAGAUAAUGAUUUGCCUACUACAUUGCUACGUUCUGUUCAUGAUUGUCCCGCAACAGAAAGUACUCAUGAUAUCAACACCAGCAAUAUGCUUAUUCAGAAACUCACACAAGUUCUAUCAUAUUUGCGCGCCGAUACACAGAAGAAAAAGAAAAAAACUGAAGGUACGAACGAUGAGCAUACUAAGAUAGCUUCACAACCAAUAUUUGACGAUCAGCGUGAUUACGCUGCUUCCAGAAAUGAUCGUGAUCGAGAAAGACGUGAUCGGGAUCGGAAACGUUUAAAACCUUCUUCAUACUUCGAUGAUCGCGAACCGGAUCGUGACAGAGAUAGGAAUCGCGAUCGUGACAGGAAUCGUGAUUACGAAAGGGGAAGAGAUCGGGAUCGAGAUCGGGAACGUCGUACGCGGGACGACGAAAGACGAGGUGAACGUCGAGAAGUAGUGAAAUUGGUUGAGAAUGAUGCACCAUCUGAAAAGAAAAAAAGAGUGCCUAUGGAAACAGAAGGUUAUGCUGAAUGCUAUCCGGGUGGUAUGUAUGAAGCUGCGGGAGAAAGCGAUGACGAAGCUGAUUAUUCAAAAAUGGAUAUGGGAAAUAGACGAGGUCCAGUGAAACGUUGGGAUUUCGAGGAUCACGAAGACUAUGAAAAGUAUAUGGAAUCGAAAGAAGCUAUGCCGAAAGCGGCGUAUCAGUUCGGAGUGAAAACAAAUGAUGGACGGAAAACAAGAAAAAGUGCUCCAGAUCGAGAAAAGCAUAAAUUGGAUCGUGAAUUCUCCGAAAUAACUAAAAUACUUGAAAAACGAAAAAUAGAAGGCCAUAGAUCCGAUAUCGCCAAAAGAAUUAAAUACUGA